UACAUGCGGGUGGCAAUCACUGUGUAUGAAGCUCUGUACUGGGGAACUGAGCUCAUGAGGGUGGGACCAUCUGGGAGGAGCUUUAUUGGGUAGGAUGCUCUCUCUCCUUCCUUGAGAACAGGUAUUCUUGUCCUCUCCUCUCAUUCCCCUCAAAACCCCAGGCCAAUGAGAUAUGCAAAUGAUCCCCUUACCUCAUUGGUUGGAGGCCUGAGGCCCACAGAUGACCUCAGAGAGCCAGUUCUUUAAGACUGACCUGGGGGCUCUGUGUCCACAACCCCUUGUUCUGAGCACUGGGGCACUAGGCCCUGCUCAAUGGGGCCUCCAGUCUCUGAGGAAGCUGUGUCUGCUGGCCUCUGACACUGACCACAUCAUCUCUGCCAUCCCUAAAGUGAGUAUGUCUGGGGCCUAGCUGGGUGCCAGGCCUUUCACCUAGAGCUCCCUCUGACACCUGCUGUCUGCUCACUGUUGUCUGUUUUCAGGAAUUCUCACAUUUCUGUCCCCUGCUCCACUCCCACCCUGACUGGCUUUUUGUCCCUCACUGCUGUCAUAUCAGAAAGAUAAACUACUCCCCCUGCUCUCUGGACACCCUUCUCAGUGUCUUACCUUCUUCCUUCCAAUGAUCAGUUCCUUCUAUUUGUGUCUUUCUUCCAACCCCUCUGUCUACUCAAGGGUGAGCAACCUUUCUCUGUGGCAGGAAGAGCAAGAGAACUUGUCCUUCCUCCUGUCUCUCUGGGAAGAGCCUGAGGGCCUGAGGUGUGGUUGGAAACAGGGCUACCUAGGCUUGGAGCACCAAGAUGGAGCCGAAGUCUAAGCCCCGCGAUAAGCAUUCUCUUUCUUGCCCCUUCUGGGGUUUGGUGGGGGCGAGGGGAGAGAGGGGUGCUUUUGGAACUGGGAGCUGGGCUAGGGCUUGGGACAUCCACACUGGGAAGGAUCUUUGAGGUUAUCUAGCAAGAGGUUCUUCAGGUGAGCACAUGCUCCAUGGUUGAUAACACAAGAGGAGAGUUCCUUGGUGACAUAAGUUUGGGACACUCUGUAUUGAAGUUGAAUGGAUGGUCUACUGAAGGACUUCUCAGAUUGAUAUGCUACGGGGCUUUGUGAAUGUGCAAGAGGUGGGGAUGGGAGGCAACAUUUCUCAAAAUCACCUAAACACAGACCUCUUCUUGGGUAUUUCUCAGACUUAGUGUUUCACAGAACACUCUUUGGGAAAUGUUAAAGUCUAACUGCCUUCACUGAACAGAAGGGGAAACUGGGGUCAGAAGGGGUCAGGUGAUCUGCUGAAGUUCACAUAACAUGGCAGGUGCUGAACAGAAGGAGAAAAACCAGUCUUGGUUGGUUUCCAUUGGAGAGAUUGGCCUUGGGGAAAGAUGGUCACUACUCAGUCCUGAUCUUUCUAUAACUGAUUCUAAUAUCGUUCUUGUUUCCUUGGGAAGUCUCUUGCUUCUGUAAAAGGGAUGAAUUGAUUGAUUAAUCCAUAGGACAGAAGACUGAGGGUCUUCUAUGUGCAAGGCACUGGACUGGGUGCUCUGAGAGACAGAGAGGUAUAACAGCUUGUUAUCCUUAUAUUUUAAAAUUCACAGCAUAUAUGCCAUUGCAUUGUCCUAAAAUAUACACAUGCUCUGUUACAGUUAAUUAAGCAAAAAAUUGUAAUUGCUUAGAAAUGGAAUGAUGCCUCUUGAGAUAACAGAGCCUCUCAGCAUGUCCUAGUGCUGGAGUUGGGAGCACUGCCACAUUCCUCUUGUUUUUCAUAGGUCCCAGAGGCACCAGUGGGGCCAGAGGCUGUGCUAUGUGCUAUCCUCCCCCUCAUUCAGGCCUUUAAGCUGCUAGCCCUGAUCAGGAGUCCCUGCCACCUGUAAUGUUACCCCCAACCCAGAGGUGCACCCCACCCCUCCCAAUCCAGCCCCAGAAUGGCACUGUCUCCCAGCCCCCUGGCCAUGGAAUAUGUCAAUGACUUUGACUUGAUGAAGUUUGAGGUAAAGCAAGAACCCUCUGAGGGGCGAUCUGGCCCCCCAACAGCCUCAAUGGGCUCCACACCUUACAGCUCAGUGCCUCCUUCACCCACCUUCAGUGAGCCAGGCAUGGUGGGGGCUACAGAGGGCCCCCGAGCAGGCCUGGAGGAGCUGUACUGGCUGGCCACCCUGCAACAGCAGCUGGGGACAGGGGAGGCUCUGGGGCUGAGUCCUGAGGAGGCUGUGGAGCUGCUGCAGGGUCAGGGCCCAGUCCCUGUUGAGGGGCCUCAUAGUUACUACCCAGGGAGCCCAGAGGAGACAGGAGCCCAGCAUGCCCAGCUGGCUGAGCGGUUUUCGGACGCGGCACUGGUGUCGAUGUCGGUGCGGGAGCUAAACAGGCAGCUGCGGGGCUGCGGGCGCGACGAGGCCCUGCGGCUGAAGCAGCGGCGUCGCACACUGAAGAACCGCGGCUACGCGCAGGCCUGUCGCUCCAAGCGGCUGCAGCAGCGACGCGGGCUGGAGGCCGAGCGCGCCCGUCUGGCCGCCCAGCUGGAUGCACUGAGGACCGAAGUGGCACUCCUGGCCAGGGAGCGGGACCUCUACAAGGCUCGCUGUGACCGGCUGGCGUCGAGCGGCCCCGGGUCCGGGGACCACUCCCACUUCUUCCUUUGAGUCGCUUGGGGCCACGGAGUGGUGGACUGGGUGGCGGGGGGUGGGGACCACCCAGUAGGCACCUGUACCAUUCUCCAGAUGGCUACUGAGUGCCUUCAGGUGCCAGGCGCUCCCUUGUAUGACCAUGCAAGUUUCCCCAAACUACCUGGACUCGCAAGGCAUGGUCCGUAGGUUAGGUGCUGGUCAUUUUCUGGAAGAGGGGUCUGAGACGUCCCUUCACCCUCCACCUCCUUCCCCACCCCACAUGAUCAGGACAUAGAUCUGUAGGAGCCAGUGCCAGGCACUUGGGUGGAGGGUGGCAUGGCUGGGUGACUGGUGAUUGGGAGGUGAGGGAGUGGUGCAGCUCCUCCCUCAGUUUAGAUUUUAAUUCAAGGUUCUCAACCUAUAGUGCAUUAAGGUGGUAAUUAGCAAUGAAGCUAUAUUUUCAUUCCCAGGCUUGUAACCUCCCCGUUUUAGGACUUUGGCAUUUUCAAGAUUGCAGUUGCCAAUGGCAAUACAGACUAGGAACUCUAUCCAAGAGGCUUUCUUUCAACCCAACCCAGUUACCUCCAGGGCCCAGAGCAGCAAAGGCCAGAAGAGCUUGGGUGGUUGGUGUGGGCUGGGAGAGAACCCUGGGCAGGAGUCUGUUGACCCGGGUGCUAGUCUGGCUCUGCCACAGAUACCAUUGUUACCUUGUGCAAAUCAGCUCCCCUGGUCUUGGUUAUUUCUAGUCCUCAUUUUGAUUGAAUGACUUCUGACACCUUUCCACUGCUGGCAUCUCCUUAAUGUGGCAGUCCCAAUGGUCUCCCCAAGAUAACCUCACCAAAGGGACUUUUUGUCCUACUCCAGCUUCCUAACUGCAGUCUAGGCAGGGGAUGGGGCCAUGCACGGGGCUCUGGGCUGCCUUAGCCUCCAGACCUGAAUAGGGUGCUCCUGCUAAGGGCUGAAGUGAGACUAUUCCCAGCAUGACAAGGAGCUGAGAGAAUGCAGCUUUUGUGAAUUAAACUUUAAGUCCAGGCAGAACUUUACACUAUUGGUUAAAUGUUCCUGUAGUUUAAGGAGUUUUCAUUCUUUAUCCUUGCUCUGAGCUUGUGUGUGUGUGUGUGUGUGUGUGACAGAGACAGACAGAGGAGAGAGAGAGGGAGGGAAGAAUGGAGAGGAAGAGAGGGAAACUGGGAAGUGUUACCUGGGCUGAGUGGUGCAUCUCAGUUCUGGAGGCCCAGUGAAAAUGGGGUUGGGGGUUGGGGAUUGAGCCACAUGGAGCACCCUCUCCUUCCCCCACCAAUGCACUGAAGCCCUGGAACAGCAGUGACGAGGCCAGGCCUGCCUAUGGCUGUCCUGAGGUCUCACAGUUGCUAUGGUUACGAGCCCUCUCCGUUCAUCUGCCUAGGGAGAGAAUGGGUGGGGGCUCUGGGCAGAGCAGAGGCUUUGAGCUGGGAGCAGCUACCUCACCAGCCACUGUUAUAGGUCGGCUAUGGAACAUAACAAAUGGGGAGAAGCAGUUAGGGGUGGGGAAGAGGCUCCCAUAUGUCUCUUCCUUUCUGCCCCCUCUAUCUACCGUCACCCCAUCUGCCUCUUCCUAUCACAGUUCUCAUUCUCUCCCCCUCCUAUAGCUCAUCCCUUCUCCACUCAAGAGCCUGUGAUGGGAAGCCUCUUCUCAGUAUCCCCCAGGACUUUUUUCCCUACUCUCUUUCCCACCACUGGCCACUGGCUACCCUUUCUGUCUCUGGCUUAUGGCACCUUUAGCCUCUUCUUCAUCCCCUUCCACGUGCAUAGUUGAAGGGAGAGGCUGGGGCAGGGAGGGUCAGUCCAGGAGCUCAGUUCUUUUUCCCUCUGGACAUCACCUGUGUCCUGCUCUCUGGAGCUGUAAUCCAGACCCAGUACUGCUCUUGCACGCCCUCCUUAACAGUACACACAUGGGCAGAGACGCCCAUCUACAAGGGACCUACACCCAUACAUACAAUCAGCCACAUAUACAUACACCUGGGUCUCAACAUGAGGGUUACACCAAAGUUGCACAGAAGUGGUUAAGAGUGUGGGUACCUUAGUCAGAUGGGCCUGCACUCAAGUUCCAGGCCUACCAGUUCUUUGAUCAUGGGUGAGUUUAAAUCAUAUCUCACUUGACGUCAGAAAAACGGAAAAUAAUGGUAACUACCUAGUGACAGCAAAUGGAUUUAAAGCACUUAGCACAAAGCAUCUCAGAUGCUAAACAAUGUUUGUUUCUGUUGUUAAUGUUCAGUCCACAGCUGACUUGCUGAACUGAGUUCAUAGUCAUGGAGAGUCAGGGAGGUGCAGUGUGUGGACAUGCACACACAUUCACAUACCCCAGAACACCAGGCUGCACAGACCUGAGAUUCAUAAUUAACUGGCAGGUCUGCGGCCCUCCUUCAGUGCCCCAGCACCCUUCUCGGCCCGCCCCACAGCUGUGUGGGGGCUGGAGUUCAGCCCGUGGGGGACUCAGCUGGGCUUCUCUGGAGACAGCUGUGAGAGGCAUCAGCCUGCCCCCCUGACAGCCCCUUAUUAUCCCCUCAUCUCUGGUAAUUAACCCCCAUGGUGCAUGCGCCCCCUGGCGUUGAGAGGUGAGGGCAGGGACUCCUCAGAUCCCAGUGGCCUACCGUUGGGG